AUGUCGACUCCUUAUACAAUUAAUUUUGAAAAAGAGAUUGGACGAGGCGCAUUUUCUUCAAUUUUCGAAGGCCGCACAAUUGGUGGACGUCGAGUGGCGGUGAAAUUCGCGAAUAAGCCGCGCGAAAUCGAGGCGGCCGAAAAUGAGGUGAAAAUGCUCAAAAAUUUCAUAGGAGUUCUCAAUAUUGUGCAGCUAAUCGGCUAUGAGGAUCGUCCGAGCACGUCCGACUCGCCGCGGACGUUCUCGUUCGCGAUGGAGAUCGCCGAUGGGAGUCUCGAGUCGCUGAUGUCGAAGCCCGACCAUCACAAAGGGCUGCCGAUGGCGAUACUCAUCGAUUUGGUGGCGGAUUGCGCGGCGGCGCUUGAAGCGCUCCGACUGAAGCACACGGCGCAUCGCGACAUCAAACACAUGAACAUUCUGACGUUCGCCGGAAGUCCGACGAGCGGCCGACGAUCGACGCACGUGUUCAAAUUGUGCGAUUUGGGCGGCGCGCGAGUCAUCGAUGAGCGCGGAAUGACGACGCUCGUCGGCACGCCGAACAUGCUCCAUCCGAAUCUCGCCGCCGAGCUGUGUCGGCAGCAGCACAAUUGGAAGACGCGCAAAGAGUACACGUCGGAUGAGUGCGAUCUAUGGUCGCUCGGCUGCACGAUAUUCUAUUGUUGCACCGGGCAGUUUCCGUUCAAAUACGACUUCAACGAUCGCAAUUUGUAUUAUCGCGCGGUGACGGCGCUGAAAUUGAAUUCGGACGCGAUCGGCAUGACGCACAAAGGCAGCUAUCGCGAGGGCAUCUCGGGCGCGUUUCGCUACGCGUUUGAGCCGAUUCUCGAAAUCCCGACGGGACCCAAUCGACAUCCGAGAUGGUUUGUGCACCUCCUCACCGUUUUACUUCGAAUGUUCUUCCACGAGCCGUCGAUUGAAAAAUAUUUGGCGAUUGUUAAAUCGAUGAGAGCCGCGCCGCGUCGCGUCUUCGUUUCCAUUGAUCAACUAUCGGUUGUGGAUCAUUCCGACAUGUCCGCAGAUCCAAUUGUUAGAGUCAAUCUUCCGCCACUUUCGAAAUGCCUUGGAUAUCCUGAUGGAACUGAUUUGACGCUUAUCAGCGCCACGUCGAUGAGCACCGCAGCGGCGAACGCGACGUCAAUCGAUGCUCUUCGCGAUUCGAUUUAUCUCGUCGUGCCCAUGAUUUCGGAUGUGCCGUGUCGCGCGAUUCCGACGAAAAGAGUCGAUUUCGAUGAAAGCCGAGAACGACCCGACGUCGCACUAAUUGAGGCGCGCAAAUUGCGCAUUUUCAACGCGCUCUCGAAUUUGAAUGACGCUGAUGAGUUUCGGCGCGUGUUUCGCGAAGUCUCGACGAUUCUCGACACACAAUUCCAAUUGCUAAUUGACGAGCUGUGCCGCGAGCCCGAGAAACUGCAGAUUGUGCACCGAUUCGCCGCCUACAACGAGACCGCGUGCAUUCCGUUGAUGAUUAUGAACAACUCGGAGCUUCACAGCGGCGCCAACGUGAAAGAGUGCGAGAAGUGCGCGAAAGACAUCGGCCGAGAAGUCGUCGUCCAUCUGAAUCAGCUCUUCAAACUCGGAGAAAUGUGUCGAGAGUUUCAAGCGCAAUCGUCGCGUCUAGAAAUCGAAGACACCGAACUGGCGGGAAUCCGCGACGAGCUUGCCGACUUCUGGAUGAAAGAUCGCAACGAGAUUCUGGCGACCGGCGAGUACUCGUUGGAGCUCGCCAGCCGCUGUGCCCAAUUGCGGACCAACAUUCUCAAAGAGAUUUUCGAUGGGAAGCCGUCGAAAUUGGCGCACUCGUUGAUAUUGGCGAGAACGUUGGUGGAGAAGCGCGCCGAGUACGCGAAAUUGCAGAACACGCUUCUCGAAUGCAUUGCGCAGCUGGAAAAACCGUUUCAGAAAAUGAAGGAGACCGUCAACCGGAUUCGGCAAGACGAGCGAAUGGAUGACGAGACGCUGAAACUCCUCCGAAAAUUGCAAAACCCAAAUUAUCGAGAGGCAUUGCAAAAGACGGAAAUGAAGGGCAGAGAGGUGAAGCAGCUCGCUGCGUUGAUGCGCAAGUCGCUCGAGGAGCACGAGACGACGGCAGUGUCGGCUGACACCAGUGUAAGGAGGAUGGAGCAUUUUUUGAAGCUUCUCCCGAAAUUGUCGCAUCAUUUGCGAAAAGGCGAUUGCGGCAAGAUCGCGGUGAUCGGUGGCAGCCUCGAGUACACCGGCGCGCCGUAUUUUGCCGCGAAAUCGGCGGCGAUAUUGGGCGCCGAUUUGAUUCAUGUGUUUUGUGCUGACGAAGCGGCGUCGGUCAUCAAAGGCUAUUCGCCGGAUUUGAUUGUGCAUCCAGGAAUGAAGCCCGAAACUGUAAUACCGAAACUUUCGCGAAUGGACGCGAUCGUGCUGGGACCCGGUCUUGGUCGCAACGAGAGCCUUUGGCCGCUCAUCGAGAAGCUGUACGAGUUCGUCGCCGAGCGUCAAAUACCGUUCGUCAUCGACGGCGAUGCACUUUGGUUCGUCGCCGAGCGCGUCGCGAAAUUCCCGCGCGGCAUGCGCUCGACGAUACUGACGCCGAAUUUCGUCGAGUUCUCGCGCCUCUGCGCGGCGGCGCUAAACGAGAAUGAGGUGAUUGGCAUCAAGGAAGAGGAGAAACUCCAGCAGCUCGCCGUCGAGUUGAGCCGGAAAUUGGGGACGAGCGUCUACAUGAAAGGCGUCGCCGAUUUGGUGGUGACGACGAAUGGCGAAGUGUCGAGAUGCGCCACCGAGGCGAGUCUGAGACGAUGCGGCGGACAGGGCGAUCUCACCGCAGGAACGUUGGCUCUUCUCCUGUUUUGGGCGAAAAAAAGCGGUUGCGAUUGGACGUCGGCUCAUCACGAAGCCGGCAUCGCGUCGAGUUGGCUGGUUCGGACCGCCGGACGACGUUGCUUCGAGAAAAUGGGCCGAUCGGCGAACACGCCCGGAAUUCUCGAUGAAAUUCCGCAUCUGAUGAUGGAUGUCGAGACGCGAGAAACCACCGACACCGUGCACUCGUCAUAG